AUGUCUCAAAUCAUCAAGGCUUUUAGCGAAUUAGGAUGUAGUUCACUGAGUAAACUUAAUAACCGAACCUUAGUUCCUGUUACCUUAAAUAAUGAUAAAAUUGAAUUAGAUAAAUAUACCUUCCAAAACCAAGAAUUAGAAAUUCAGGAAAUGGAAAAUAGAUUAGUUAACUGGUCUAUGCGAGAAAUUAAAUUUAAAGAAAUAUAUAAAAUUGGUACUUUUGAUUUUAAAAGUCAAAAGAUUAUUCAUACUAUUGAAUCCGCUACUUCUGUUAGUAACAAGCAUGAAACUAUUAAUUUGUUAAAUAAAAAAUUAUUAGAAACGCAUUAUAGAGAAGGUUAUCGCCAUAUCCAUCUAGGAUUAACUCAGAUAACUAUAAAACCAUUACAUAAACUAUGGUUAAACACCCCUAUAUUGCUAGUUCUUCGAGACACUAGAAUUAAAGACUUUCAUAAUUCAACUAUUGCUAUAGUUGAAUCAAAUCUUAACGAUGGUCCAGUCUACUUUAACUGCCAUCCCAAUUACUCUAUGAGCGUGGCUGAUGAAUUCACUAAGAAUUCAUUAGUUAUAUACGUCCAAGGUCUAAGUGAUAAUUUUAAUCCUGGAGUUUCCAAUAUUGACGUUAUUAGUAGAAUUACCUACAAAGUCUCUAAUGUUAAUUAUGAUUUUAAAUCACUCAAAACUACUCCAAGAAAUGAAACUUGUAUUAUUGAAGCAAAUCUUAGCAGGUCCAAUGUUAUGACCCCAAAAAUACUGACUGCUUCGGAUAUUAUAGAAAAAUUCUCUCAAGAAUGGAUAUUACAAGAUGUGGUUAAAUCUGAAAAGAUUGAGGCCAUAACUAUUAAAGAUGUUAUUCAAGAUAUUGAUGGAUCUGUCAAGAUCAGGAUGAAUAGAAGCUAA